AAUUCAAUAUUGCGUGAUGAUCACUGAAUGAAUGGAGAUCGACAAUCUGGCUUCUUGGAUUCCUCGUCUAUUUUCAUAAUACGGAUUCCCAGAGCUACAAAUUAACCAAUUGAAAUGAAGUGGAGUGAAUUGUGAUGAUGUUAUUUGACGGUGGAGAAGAGCAGUUCAGGAGUAACAGUGACACUAACUAUGUGCCCAUCAGAUGCCUGGGCAAAGGUGCAUUCGGGGAAGCCACUCUGUACCGCAAAACAAUAGACAACAGUCUGGUGGUUUGGAAGGAGGUGGAUUUGAGUGGCAUGGACACCCAGCAGCAGCAGGCAGCUCUUUCCGAAGUAGAGAUCCUCUCCUCCCUCCCUCCCCACCCCAACAUAGUGCAGUACCUCACCCACUUCCACUCGUAUCCCCCAGAGCAGCCCAUGCUACUCAUCGAGAUGGAGUACGCCAAUGGGGGCGAUUUGCAGAAGUUCAUUGGCAGAGCCACAUAUCCACUCAGCGAACAAACUGUGACCUGGUUCUUUUAUCAAUUGAUGGCGGCCGUGAGUCACAUACACGCCAUCCCCAUUCUCCACAGGGACAUCAAGACCAUGAACAUCUUCAUCACCACCACUGGCGCAUCUGCAGGUGAAGAAGUCGGAGGAGGGGCUGGGUCUGAGAAAGAGACAUUGGGACCCCUGCUGAAACUGGGCGACUUUGGCAUCAGUAAAAGACUUGAAGGAAAUUCGCACAUGGCUCAGACGGUGGUUGGCACUCCCUACUACAUGUCACCUGAACUGAUGCAGGGCCUCGUAUAUGACCAGAAGAGUGACAUUUGGGCGUGUGGGUGUGUGUUGUUUGAACUUAUGACCCUCAAGAAGAGCUUCGACGCCACUAAUGCACUCCGGCUGGCCCAUGAUGUGGUGCAUGGAAAGAUACAGGUAGAAGGAGUGAAUAGGGAAGUCUAUUCGAAGCCACUUUGGGACCUAGUGGACAAAAUGCUCAACACUGAUCCCAAUAAGAGGCCUUCAGCCGAGCAAGUUACAAAUGAUGUCACCUUCGAAAACAGCAAGAGUCUUUACGUCUCCGUGAUUGAGACAGUUAGAAGUCGAUUACUGUCUUCUCUUCCAUCCUCCCUGCAGUUUGGACCAGCUCCAUUCUCUGGCUCUCCCUCUUCGUCCGCGUCGUGGUCUCAGCAGACCUCUCUCUCCUCUUUAGACUAUCGCUCUCUUGACUUUCACUCAUCCUCGUCUCUAUCUUUUCACGGAAGUGGCGCUUCCUUUUCUUCCAACCCUACAAUCGCCUCACAGUCUUCCGAAGUGUUCUGCUGGGGAGGGGGCAAGCUCAUGCCUGCGAAGAUCGAGCAUUUUUCGGCGCCCGCCGGCAGAGGUGGAGGGGGAAGUUUAGGACGACAUCAAAUGGGUCAGAGUACAGCUAUUGGAGUGGCCGUGGGAUCCAAUGUGAUGGCUGCCAUUUCACUGGAGAGGGAACUCUACACUUGGACCCCUAGUGGUUGCACCCCCGAUGCCAAUACUGGUCAGCUGGGCCACGGAGGGGUAAAGUCGCAGAGAAAACCCCGGCAGGUGGAGGGAGGGGGGAUGGGGUCGCGCCAGGUGCAACAGGUGGCAUGUGGAUCCGAGUUCACGCUCAUUCUCACAACUGAUAAAUGUCUGUUCUUUUGCGGAAUGAUGCCUCUCGAAUUAGAGGACCAGGAUGAAGAUGAGACCCAAGAAGCCGACAUGGAUGAAACUGGGUCUCCUAACACCACUGAAAACGAUGAGCAAGUAGGAAAUAGUGUAAGUGCUAAUGGAAACAAUUCAAGAUCAGCUGUUCUCGACGUCACUUGUCCCGUUCUGACCCCUGUUUUGCUACCGUGCAGUAUCAACAAUCGAGUGAAGUUCGUUGCAUGUGGGAGCAACCACUGUGCAGCCAUCACAGAAUCGGGCGAGUUGUUCACGUGGGGUUGUGGCGAGUUUGGACGUCUCGGUUUGGGCCACGAGAAUGACGUCAUGGUGCCUCAGAAGGUGAAAUGUGCAGUUGGUAGGAAUGGUAAGAAACGGGCAAUAGAAGAGCCAGUGGCUUAUGCGUGUUGUGGUGUAGACUGUACCAUCUGUCUGACUGGGAGUGGUCUGAUGAUGUCAUGUGGAAACAAUGAGCACAACAAGAUUGGACAGAAUAUCAUCCCGCCCAAAGGAGUCAGCUCCACCAAAAAGAUGGGAUUUGACGCGCCCUCUGUGCUGAAUGUGACUGUAGCGAAGACUGUGGCUAAUAUGAGAUUCACUUCAGCCGACUGCGGCUGUGACCACUCAGCCCUCAUAGACGUGCAUGGACGUGUGGUGACGCUGGGGGACAAUAGCAGGGGCCAGCUGGGAAUUGGGGGCACAAGUGGCAGCUACUCGUCUGAGGCAGGGGGCGUUAAUAUGCAUGUGUUGCGGGGGGUGUUUGUGGGCAAAAAGUGUCAGCGACUGUCCUGUGGAGACUAUUUCACUGUAGCUGCCACAUCAGACAACGAGGUGUUUGCCUGGGGUCUGGCUUCUGACGGAAGACUGGGGUUCGAUCCCAGCACCCUCAGCACCACAAAUAACGCAAGCGGGAGAAGUAGCAGUAGCAGUGUGAACAGAGGAGCAGAGUGCACCGUGAACAGGCCGAAGCCAGUAUUCGGGGCACUGCACUCUGUCACUGCUCUAGCAUCAGCUCACUGGCACACACUUCUCAUAGCAGAGCGGGUGGAGAGUGUGAAGAGUAUCAAUGUGGACCCGGUGACUUUGGUGUCAUGCGCGGACGAGUGGAACGACAGAUACGACAACUCCCAAAUUGAACAAGUGCCACACCCCCAACACCGCUACAACAAUCACAGCAACGACACUACCUCGUCACUCAGCUCAAGUGUGUUUGAUUCUGGUGAUGGUUCUGUGGUCGGGGGAGUGGCAAAAGUAGUGAAGGUGAGGGCAGGGGUGGGAGUCAAUCAGAGUACGUUGGAAGAGACUGAAACCCCCGAUUGGCUGAGAGAGGAAAUGGACGAAGCUGAGUUUAUAGCCAUGAGUGCCGCAAACCCCCAAAAUGUGCAGAGGGCUGAAACAGAAGAUGGAGGGAAAGAGAAAACUAAUGACGGAAAUGAACGAAAGCUCAGCGAUGGUUCUCAAACCAAAAGUGGAGAAGACGUGGAGAAUGGAGGAGAUGCAUGGGAGAGUGCUGGAGAGACUAGUGGCCGACUAAGUGGGGGGCAAAAUGGUUCUACUGGGGGGUUGUCCCUGGUGUCUCCCCUAACUGGCCACUCUUCUUCGGAGAGUGAGAUCAACUGGCUUCGACAGGAGAACCAAAAACUCCAAGAGAUUAUUCAAGAACAACAAGAGCGCAUCAAACAGUUGGAACUGGAAAGAGAUGCCGAAUCCAGCAAUAACUCUUAGAAACUGAUGGUUUCCUUAAUCUGCUUGGACUUCAUGUUUAAGAAUAGCAGCAGUAAUUAUAUCCCCACCCCCUUAUGAAGCAAAAAACAGGUGAUUUUCUAUUGGGUGUAUAUAUAUUACAGUAUUGUUUGGCUCUUUAAUGUAAAUGUGAGUCCCACCUUAAUAAUCUCCUAAAGUGCAAACUGGAACUUUUUAGAUUUUUCACCAUAGUGCUGUUGCCUGUGCAAUAAUAAUUGUAUUUGUAGUGUAAAUAUUAUUUGUGUUCCUAGUUGACGAAAAUGGCCAAUCUUGUAAGUUUCUUGCAAUAUUCUGGCAGAAAACUGCAUUCUCCUUGUCUUUCGAAAUAGACCAGAAACGCAUACUUCUGGGGAAGCUCUGUUGCGCGCUUUCCUGCGGCUCUUUUGCUCCGGCAAAGUUCACAAUUCUCGCUGCUUUAUAAAUUCGUUUGAGAUCUUUUUAAAAAAUGAGAAUUUGCACUUCACCUAGCGCUUUAAUUGAAAACUAAAUUCCGAUAGCGGCAAAGAAAAACUCCAACACUCUUCUAUGCCACGAAUACUUCACUGUAAUAAUUUACAAUUGAUACUAAGAAAAAAAUUACUAAGAGGCUGCUCUAAACCACCGAUUGACAUGCAUAACUUGUUCUAUAAUUUGAUCAUUUCUAUCUUC